GCAAAAAGCCAAAAACCCCAGAAGGGGAUGAUUCAUACUCACUGACACUGUAACCCGGGACGGAUAGAGGAAGGCAGAGAGCACAGUAAGAAGCGGCAACAAUGGAGAAAGCAAAGAAGAAGAGCACCGAUAACGACAACAACAAUAGCAAGCAAUCUUCGAAACCAGCUAUAACAGUCGAACAGUUUGUCUCAAUCAUGACUCCUCUGAUUGACUUGGAAAAGGAAGCUGAGAUUUCAGCUUCGGUGAGCUCCGCCGAGACGAGAAGUUUGGAUGCUGCUCAAAGGAAGGGAUCCACUAUUCUCAAUUUGAAGUGUGUAGAUAUUCAGACAGGGCUGAUGGGCAAGACUAUUCUCGAGUUCCAGUCCAAUAAAGAAGAUGUUCUUCCCCCUCAUAAGUUUGGCAACCAUGAUGUCGUUAUUUUGAAACCAAACAAGGCUGAUUUAGGCUCUCCUUCACUUGGACAAGGAGUAGUUUACCGACUCAAGGACUCAUCUAUCACUGUUGCUUUUGAUGAUAUUCCAGAAGAGGGAUUAAAUAGUCCAUUACGUCUUGAGAAAUUGACAAAUGAGGUGACAUAUCGCCGGAUGAAGGACACAUUAAUACAAUUGAGCAAAGGUGUUCAGAAAGGCCCUGCUUCUGACUUGGUUCCUGUUUUGUUUGGAGAGAGAUCACCGACAAUGUCUAAGAAGGAUGCCAAGUUCACCCUCUUCAAUCGCAAUCUUGAUCAUUCCCAGAAAGAUGCCAUUGCAAAGGCUCUUUCAUCCAAGGAUGUAUUUUUGCUGCAUGGACCUCCUGGAACGGGGAAGACAACAACUGUUGUUGAGAUCAUCUUACAAGAAGUGAAGCGGGGAUCAAAAAUUCUUGCUUGUGCUGCUUCAAACAUUGCUGUCGAUAACAUUGUUGAGCGGCUUGUUCCUCACAAAGUGAAGUUGGUGAGGUUGGGGCAUCCUGCUCGCUUACUCCCUCAAGUAUUAGACAGUGCUCUAGAUGCUCAGGUGCUUCGUGGUGAUAAUAGUGCACUUGCAAAUGACAUACGCAAGGAGAUGAAGGCUUUGAAUGGGAAGUUGUUAAAAGCUAAAGAUAAAAACACUAAGAGAGACAUUAGAAGAGAGCUCAAGACUCUUUCCAAGGAAGAGCGUAAAAGGCAACAACUAGCAGUGACUGAUGUAAUCAAGAAUUCAGAUGUGGUAUUAACAACCUUGACUGGCGCAUUGACCCACAAGUUGGACAACACUUCAUUUGAUCUAGUUAUAAUUGACGAAGCUGCCCAGGCACUUGAAAUAGCAUGCUGGAUUGCUCUACUGAAGGGUUCAAGGUGUAUAUUAGCUGGAGAUCACCUCCAGCUUCCUCCAACCAUUCAAAGUGUUGAGGCUGAGAAGAAAGGAUUAGGGAGAACCUUGUUUGAACGUAUUGCAGACUUGUAUGGGGAUGAAGUCAUGUCUAUGCUCACUGUCCAGUACCGCAUGCACGAACUUAUAAUGAACUGGUCAUCCAAAGAGCUUUACGACAGUAAGAUUGAAGCACAUGCUAGUGUUGCUCAGCAUAUGCUGUAUGAACUUGAGGAUGUGAAAACGUCAUCUUCAACAGAGUCAACCCUUGUUCUCAUAGACAUAGCUGGUUGUGACAUGGAAGAAAAAAAGGACGAGGAAGAUAGCACAUUGAAUGAGGGUGAAGCUGAGGUUGCUAUUACCCAUGCAAAAAGGCUUGUCCAAAGUGGGGUGCGAGCUUCUGAUAUUGGAAUAAUCACCCCUUAUGCAGCACAGGUUGUCUUGUUGAAAGUGUUGAGAAGCAAGGAAGAGAAGCUCAAAGAUAUGGAGAUCUCUACAGUUGAUGGUUUCCAAGGUCGAGAGAAAGAAGCCAUCAUCAUUUCAAUGGUGCGAUCAAACUCAAAGCAAGAGGUUGGAUUUCUGAGUGACCGUAGGAGAAUGAAUGUUGCCGUGACACGAGCAAGAAGACAAUGUUGUCUUGUCUGCGACACUGAGACUGUCAGUAGUGAUAAGUUUUUGAAGCGCUUGAUCGAGUACUUUGAAGAGCAUGGUGAAUAUUUAAGUGCUUCAGAAUAUGCACAUGAUUGAAUUCUUGAUUAGUUGAAGAAUAUGUACUGGCGGUAUGCUGAGAUUUGAAGAAAACCAGCUUACCCCUUGCUGCUGCCCCUUCAGAUGCAUUUUACCAGAUUUUGAAACAAAAUAGUUUCAUGUAUAAGUAACUCGUUCAUUUAUGAUGCUGGCUAUGAACUAUGAUACUCUUAUUAUCCAUGGCAUAUGAAACAUUGUGCUGCAAAUUUUGAAUUGAUGACUUGCAAUGCAAUCAUGCAAAAUUAUGUCUGAAUUUUCAUUUUGCUUAAGAAUUUGGUUCUUUACAUGGUGGGAAAUAGCUUGUGUGUUGUGCGUGUGCUUGUGGUGAAGCAGCUGACUUGAACCCGCAAAACCUUUCUACAAGGAUGCUCAUUGUGAGACCCAGUUGAAAAUCAGAAUCACCGCCAGAUCUAAUCUUGCACGGUGUAGAUUGCUGACAAAGGCUCACAGUGAUAGUUUCAUGGGUUGUGAUGUUAUUAAGUUCCAUAUAGACGGGGGAAAGCUGAGGUCAUCGUUGAUAUCAUGUAAGUAUAAGGUACUGGCGUCUACUGUUUGAUUAUCUUCUGUUCCUGGUAUUGCUUCCAGUGUGUCCCAAUUGUAGGUUUUGUCAGCAAAGACAUCGGCUUCACUGUCACCGAGUGAAGGUUCUGGUUCUGGUUCUGGCUCUGGCUCGGGGAAACAAUUGGACAAGUCUUGCAUGUCUGACUUAUCUUCUUUUUGAAGUAUUCCCAACUGCUGGAGGAAUUCGUUUAGAUCAAUCUGAGGCUUCUCUUCACGGUUUUCUAGUUUCUCCCCGGAUGAGAAGUCUGGUUCCUUCUCCGUUGUUUCUUGAUUAACCAACCCGGGUUGUUGUUCCAUCAUGUUGAGCAUCUCGCUUAUGGGGUCACUGGAAGAUGAGCUCGACGAAGAAGCAUGGCAGCUUGCUUCCGUUUUCUUCAAUUCCUGGAGCCGUUGGUGAAUGACGUGUACACUCGGCUGGGCGCUCAGGUUGAGCAACCCGGUGCUGGGAAACAGGGAAAUGAAGUUGGUGGACGGGAACCACUUGAACUUGUGCUGCGAUUUGUUGAUGAGUGGGUUGACGUUGGAUCUCAAGUGGGGAAGAUUGAGGUAAGCUUCCGGCCCAUACAGCCUCCUCGCAGCUUCAUCAUAAGCCAUGGCAGCCUCUUCGGCCGUCGCAAAAGACCCGAGCCAUAUCCUCGUCCUCUUCUUCGGCUCUCUGAUCUCUGCCACCCAUUUCCCCCAGGUCCGUUGUCUAACUCCCCGGUACUCGCACGUAGCGUUCUGGGGCCCGCCCUUCCCUCUUGCAGGGCCUUUCUUCCAUGGCUUCAGUGGGUUUCUUCUAUAGUUGUCCAUUGUUGGGUUGGAGUGAAGAAAAGAAGGCAGUGUAGUGUGUUAUGUGGAAGUGAUGAGUGUAGAGAAUGGAGUAGAAGGAGCGGGAUAUGUAUAGUGUGAUCUGAUCAGAUGAGUGUAUGUAGUUUUGGUGUAUAAAUGUAGUCACGUUUGUAUAUAGUUUUAGCGCCCAUGUGACCCACCGUUGCUGAAAAAUUUGCAUGCAUUGCAUGUUUAGACUCAGAAUGAGCUAUAGCUUCACUCUUGUGAUUGUU